UAAUAGAAGCGUUAAACAAACGAAGUAACGAAACUUUGGUUUGUUGCAAAAUUUUCGUGUUUCUACAAAUUUCGUGUACAAGAACUGUAGUGGAUUUGGCUAAUGAAGAAAAUAAAAUUUUAAGAAAAACGAGAUGUGAAAGUGGUGUAAUAAUCGCCUGGAAAGCCAACAAAAGCAAAUAAAAAUCAAUUGUAAUUGUGUGAAGGAAUUUACCCAAUAGCGUUUUGGCGUUUGCGUUUAUGUGAAAGCGAAACACUUAGAAUCCGAAUGCAAGAAAAAGUUAUCGAUACAUAAAAAUUUACUUUGUAAAAAAUUUAGUAAAUUUCGAACCAAAGUGUUUCUAAGCAAAAAGUUGAAUAUCUAAAUUAGAAAAACAAAAAAUUGCUAAUCAAAAGAGUUUGGCCUACUCGCUAUUAACUCCCAAGACAGUGGCGUCGCACGAGGGUACCAACAAUAGCGCUGCAAGCAGUGCAGCUGAUGGUGGUGCUGGCACAAGUGGUGAAUCGGCCGCACUGUUCUCCAAACUGCGAAGUUUCUCCAUCGGCAGUGGCCCGAAUUCGCCACAGCGCGUAGUUUCGAAUCUACGCGGUUAUCUAACGCAUCGCCUCAGUAAUAUCACACCGAGCGAUACAGGUUGUCCAGACGGUUGCCACCAAUCCUACUAAAAUGUAAAUAGUCCCAUACAAGAAGCAAGUAUUUGGGCGCAGAAGAGCAAACAAAGUUUAGAGUGGGGUGAGAAAAGUAAAUGUACGCCAGCCAGCCACAAGCAGAGAUCACAAAAAGAAGUUUAACGGAGAAACAAAUACAAACCUCCAAACUCACACACACACAAACACAGCGAAAAUAUAAAGGAAGCAAACACAAUGUGCCUGUUAGUAACACCAACAAAAUCAACAAGAACAACUAAAGCAACAAAAUCCACUAAUAUCACAACGAGAAGAGAGAGAAUAAGGAAGAGCAUUACAAACUGAAGCAAAAGUUUUAGCAUUCGAAAGAACUAAAGUUGGAAAGUAAAACCACGAAAGUUACAAAACACAAAAAAAAUAAAUGGGAAUAAAAGUUCCGACAGUAGCUAAAAGAGUUUGGACCAGUUAUAGCGCAACAACAAAGGGCGCCGUUGUCUUUAAAAAGGAUAGAAGAUAGCCAAAUAAAGCAGGCAUACAUACACAAGCAGCUGAAUAUAGAGCAUAAAGAGAACAGCUACAGCAACACCGUUCAAGUACAAGAGAACAAAAACAACAGCAACCGCAACCACAAAGAAAUACGAAGAAGAGAAUUUGAACGCUCAAAAACUUGUAUUAUAAGACUUCCAAAAUGGCUGGUUCCUUUCAAAUACCGCUGCUCAAUCUGGAGUUGCGUGAAGUCAAGGAGAUCGUGUGGGAGAAAAUUCAAGAGCCAGUAAAUCAGCGUCGCCUCAUAUUGGUGAUAGUUUCGAUUGCGCUGCUGUUGGACAACAUGUUGUACAUGGUGAUUGUGCCCAUUAUACCAGACUACUUGCGCGAAAUCGGCAGUUUUGAGGAUGACACACCAAUGCCACCGCUACUGCGUGAUAAUCGCACCGGUGAAAUAAUACCAGUGCACCACGACCAUCACGGUCAAGACUCCGCCACCGGCAUACUCUUCGCAUCGAAAGCCAUUGUCCAGCUGAUGGUAAAUCCAUUCUCUGGUGGUCUUAUCGAUCGCAUCGGCUAUGAUUUACCGAUGAUGAUCGGCCUAACAAUUAUGUUCUUCUCAACAGCGAUGUUCGCUUGCGGACGCAGUUAUAGCCUGCUAUUCUUUGCGCGUUCACUGCAAGGUGCCGGUUCUGCAUUCGCCGACACAUCAGGCUUGGCUAUGAUAGCCGAUCGCUUCACCGAGGAAAAUGAACGCUCACAAGCAUUGGGUAUUGCAUUGGCUUUCAUCAGUUUCGGUUGUUUGGUGGCGCCACCUUUUGGCGGUGCGCUCUACCAGUUUGCUGGCAAAGAGGUGCCAUUUCUCAUCUUGGCGCUAAUGUGUCUUUUGGAUGGCCUUAUGCUAUUGCUGGUAAUGAAGCCGGUUAAAGAACAAAUACGGCAAAGCAAAGAAGUGCAACAACAAUCCAUUCCUAUUUGGCGCCUACUCAUGGAUCCGUACAUUGCAGUCUGUGCCGGCGCAUUGACUAUGGCAAAUGUGGCACUAGCCUUCUUAGAGCCCAUCAUAUCGCUAUGGAUGGAAGAUAAUCUAACAACGGAGAAUUGGAAAAUCGGUAUGGUGUGGCUGCCAGCCUUCUUUCCACAUCUAUUAGGUGUCAUUAUCACAGUUAAAAUGGCGAAAAAGUAUCCACACCAUCAGUGGCUAAUGGCUGCCGUAGGCUUAGCGCUCGAAGGUUUCUCCUGCUUCAUAAUACCAUUCUCUAGCUCCUAUACAAUGCUAAUGAUACCCAUCUGUGUGAUCUGCUUCGGCAUUGCGCUCAUCGAUACUGCCCUUCUGCCUACACUUGGCUACUUGGUGGACGUGCGCCAUGUAUCCGUGUACGGCAGCAUUUAUGCCAUUGCGGACAUUUCAUACUCGAUCGCAUACGCAGUCGGACCGAUCAUAGCGGGUGGUGUAGUAGAAGCGAUCGGUUUUACAGCACUCAACUUCAUCAUUGCCUUCUCCAAUCUACUGUAUGUACCCGUGUUGCGUAAGCUACGCAACAUCUACGACUUUAAACCCUUCGAGAAUGAAGCCAACAUACUAAUGCAAGAUCCACCGAACAAAGAGUAUCAAACCUAUGUAAUGCACGAUCAGAAACCAAUCGAUGGCGAUUUUAAAAAUCAUCUCGAAUAUGGGCAGCAGUAUCAGCAAGAGCAGGAAUCCAAUGUGGAUGACACCAACUACGAGUACCAACAACAAGGUGAAUACCAGCAGACUGGUGGCGGUGGCGGUGGGGGCUUUCAACAAAAUCAGGGUUAUCAGCAACAAUAUCAGCCUGGCUAUCAGGAGCAGGGUGGCAAUUAUCAACAAGAAUCGCGACAUCUUCCACAACAACGCGUCGCUAAUCCAUUCCAACAUCAACAACAACAACAACAGCAGCAUCAGCAACAAAUGAAUGAUGGUGUGGGCGCGAGCAGAGGUCCGGCCGGUCCAGCGAAUCCAUUUAGACAAGGAUUUUAAAAUGUUGUCUUACACAAAUUUAGCGGUAAUCUAUGUUUGUUUGUAUUACUUAUAUAUAACUCUGAGCGCAUUUCGUUGAUUUAACUAUAUAGUGUACUUUAUUGUUGUGUCUAAUAGGAAUAUAACUGCAUAUACUUAUAUAUAAAUGAUAAUGAAAUUUAGAGGCAAUGCAAAAACGAAGAAAAAAUUGGUUUUAGAAGAAAGGAAAUUCAUGUGGAUUGCACACCAUAACCGGAUAGCAAAAUAAUACAUGCUUACACACACAUAUACACAUACAAGUGUAUGCAUGUAUGAUAAAAAGCAAGCAUGGCUACAUCCAUACAGAAACAUAUACAAGUAUGUACGUAUAUAAAGAAACAAAAACAAUUAGAUAACCGAAUUUCAAAAGUAGGUAAACAAUUUUCAUUGCAAGCAACACAACUUUUGUAUUAUACACUGAGAAAUUUACAAAUAUUUAUAUGCGUAAGUCACAUUUAGCGACUAGGAAUUCUUAAAUGUAUGAAUAUGAAAGUAUUUAAGAUAGCGAAUACAUACAUAUAUACAUAUGUAUAUACACAAUAGGGGCGUAUGGUAAAACACUUGUAUAAAGCAUAAAAAAGAAGCACUUCCGAACGGUUAUUGUGUGUAAAGCUUUACGAUGGAGUUAAAAUU